GAUUGCGGUGGUGCGAAUAAACAGAAUCAAAUCAAAAUAUGUUUUUUUUGUAUUCUAUUCUUCGUGUGCAUAAUCAUCGAAAUGGGGGCCAUUAAGAACAACUCGAGUGCAAAUUUUAAACAUAUCUGUUCAAAAACCCCUCCUCAAUUUCUUCCGUUUUAACAAUACCCCGAUAACUCCGCCCUAAAAACCCUAACCAACCCAACCCUCGUGUCCCUUCUUAGGGUAGGGGGCCCCUUUUGGAAUAUAAACACACCAACCAUCAUAGAAUCAUUCGCAGUCAGCGUUGAGUACCUUAAAGUUGCGUGUGUUUAAGUGAAAUUUAAAGAAACAUGUCCCGAUCUUUCCUGGUUGAUUCCCUCAUUAAUAAUCACAACCCCAAAGAACGUUAUUUACAAGAAACUAGACCUAUGUUAUACCCACAAAGUUACAUCAGCAGUUAUUUAUUUUCAUUAAGUUUGGCACAACAACAACAAAGACAACAUCAACACCAACAAAUCGGAUUUUUACCAAAUAAUCCAAUAAGACCAAUAGCUUCAUUACCUUUAUUACAAAAUGGAUUACAAAAUGGAUUACAAAAUGGAUUACAAAAUGGACUACAAAAUGGGUUACAAAACAUGUUAGGAGUAAAACGACCAAAUUACGAGGAUAUCUCACCAGCUUCGAAAAGGAUUAGUUUAUCUACAUCACCAACAUUAAAAAAUUCACCAUCAACGAGUAGAGAAUCAAGUCCAACACCACCACCUACACCAAAAAGCAGCGAUGAGAAGGAAUCAAGUAAACGAAUAAGAACAGCUUUUACCAGUACGCAACUAUUAGAAUUAGAACGAGAAUUUUCUGCGAAUAUGUAUUUGUCGAGAUUAAGAAGAAUCGAAAUAGCGACGUGUUUGCAAUUGAGCGAGAAGCAAGUGAAAAUUUGGUUUCAAAAUCGACGGGUUAAAUACAAAAAGGAAGAUUUGCCGAAUUCAAAAAGCCAACAACAAAAAUGUUGCUGCCUGAGAACUUGUUCGUCGAAAAAAUCGACGUCGUGCCAAGAAGAUGAUGAUAUCGACGUGACCCAUAUUGAAGAUGACAAAUUAAACAUUAAUUUGAAUUUAUAAAUGUA